AACCGGCGCUAUCGAAUAUUUUUCACCGACUUUUAUCUCUGAACGGCAUGUUUUUCUGCCUGUGGCUUUUAACAAAAAAUCAUUUUAUUUAUAGUUUUUGUUAAUUUAUUUGUGCUGAAUAUAUAUUUGAUGGCUUUUCCUACACUAGGAGCACAACAAGAAACAAAUCGUAAAAUUCUGGAAGAUUUACAAUUAAAACGACAACUUUUACAAAAAGGCGUCAAUCCAGUGGCUGAUAUUAAUCUCGGUACCGGUCUCUCUACACCUCUCAACCAGAUGCCCACUACACAGUUGUUGGGUCAACCAACGGAUUUUCCGCAGACCAGCAGUGCCAUAACUGUGCCACGCUCAGUCUUUAAUCCUACAAGUGCCACCACUUUGGGCUAUUUUAUUAGUCAGGAUUCACAUUACGGCAAUUCGUUUAUACCGGUCUUACCUCGUUUGGAUCCCAUAACCACCAAUCAUACCGCUAAAUAG